AUGACCACCUGCAUAGUGCAGGAACAGACACGCGAGGCAGACCACAUAACCCUCGAGGCCCUGCCACCAAGCGAGCAGCGUAAUACAGAUUCUUCGAGUGAUCCGCCGGGCGGUUUUCCAGUGUUGGAGAAAUGGAACUCUCCACGCAUUAAUAUUUAUAGAUCAUUUUCGACAUUUUGGACUUUUUUGGUGAUGGGAGCUAAUGAUGCUGCAUACGGUGCCUUGAUUCCUUAUCUCGAGUCAUAUUACAAUCUUAGCUACACAGUUGUGUCGCUGGUUUUCCUGUCACCUUUGGUCGGGUAUACUCUGGCCGCGUUUCUGAAUCAGCGCAUACAUACCACCUUUGGCCGUCGUGGCCCGGCAUUAAUUGGGCCAGGAUGCCACCUUCUCGCCUAUAUCAUCAAUUGCCUCCAUCCACCAUACCCUGUCCUAGUAAUCUCAUUUGUAUUUGCCGGGUUUGGAAACGGCGUUCAAGAUGCGGCAUGGAACGCAUGGAUCGGAAAUAUGGCCAAUGCGAAUGAACUUCUCGGGAUUCUCCACGGUCUUUAUGGAGCUGGUGCCGUGCUUAGUCCGCUAGCAGCAACCUCGAUGAUUACCGAGGCCCAUUUGUCCUGGCAUUACUUUUACUAUAUCAUGGUUGCUUGUGCAGUCAUCGAGGUAGUGGCAUGCGGCAUAUGCUUCUGGAACUCCACCGGGGCGGAAUUUCGCGCUUCCAAUGAACAUACACUUGGAGACAGCAACAGGGAUGGACUAAGGAGUGCACUUUUCCGCAAGCCAUCUGCAAGAGUCACUUGGCUUUGUUCAUUGUUCUUGCUGGGCUAUGUGGGCUUGGAAGUUGCACUGGGCGGCUGGAUUGUCACUUUCAUGAUCCGGGUUCGACAUGGCAGUGCUUUCGCCAGUGGUAUGACUGCAACGGGAUUUUGGCUGGGAAUCACCGUCGGUCGGCUUACCUUAGGAUUCGUGACUCCAAGGCUGGGCGAGAAGCUGGCUAUUGCGGGCUAUAUUCUGUGUUCGAUCGCAUUUGGUCUGGUUCUGUGGCUCGUGCCUCAGUUCUAUGCAUCGGCAGUGGCGGUUUCACUGCAGGGCUUCUUUCUCGGUCCACUGUUCCCAGGUGCAAUUAUCAUGAUGACCAAGCUUCUUCCUCAACACUUGCAUGUCAGUUCGAUCGGAUUUGCGGCAGCUUUCGGAGGAUCGGGGGCUGCCGUUCUCCCCUUUGCGGUUGGAGCAUUGGCGCAAGCCAAGGGCGUCAGUGUCCUCCAGCCUUUCAUUAUCGCUCUGUCAGGGGCAAUUUUUGUGGCCUGGCUCGGACUACCACGGGUCUCCAAGCAAAGCAUGCAAUGA